AUGUCUCGAUCAACACCAAAUCGGCAAGGAACCCUUUCCGUCUCCUCUUCCCAUUCUUCCUCCUUAUUACGAUUACUGUUCUUCCUUGCAUUCAUAACAAUUAGCACAGCUUUACCAGCUUCAACAUCAACCACAUCAACUAACAAUAAUAAUAUUCCACAACCUUUCGAUACAACACUCAACUAUAACCUCACCUCCUCGUGCCUCUCGUUCUUUCAAACAUUUACAAAAGAUCAAAACUUUCAAAAAUGUUAUAGCUUCGGUUUCUUGCUACUGAAUUCUAAUAAUUUCGCCGUUCAAUCAAGAAACGUUUCAUCCGUGCCCGCGUUACUAGAUCAAAUAUGUAAUGCACCGAAUAGUUCAGAUGAAUGUAAUAAAAUUAUGUCGACUUAUGCUAGCCAAAUUGUCUCUUCAAGCAAUUGUCGAACUGAUUUACAAAGCCAGAAUCCAAUCGCUACCGAGGCCUUCGUGUCCUUCAACACCUAUCAAUUAUAUCAGCUCGCGGGAUGUUCGAAAAAUAGUUCCAAUGUUUAUUGUUAUGUCGACGCGCUCGCUCAAAAACUUGGUCUUGGGAUCUUUUAUUUACCAAGUGGCACACAAUUAACGGCACCGCAAGAACAACUCCCUUGCUCUGAAUGUAACCAAAAAAUCCUAAACAUCUAUUCGGAAUACGCGGGUGACUCGUCGCUUCCACUCUCACAAACCUUCUCACCCGUCAGAACAUAUUUUAACGAUUUCUGCGGCCCGAAUUUCGUGAAUGAAGCGAGCACUGUUCAUAGUGCCAGCGCAGUAUCUAUCACCAGUGAUGCGUCUUCGUUGUUCUCACGAGGUGUUAUAAAACGAUCACGAUAUACUAAUCACAUUAUACCAGGAAUUAGUAUGCUAACGACUAUGAUGACCUCAUUGUUUGGACUUUAUCUUCAGAUUACAAAAUCUUAA